AUGAUAACAGAAUUGACUCGUUUUGAAAAAUGCUCAACGAACAGAGAACUAAUCAUUCAAAGUUUAAAUAAUAUUCUGGACAAAUAUCCCGGUUACACGAAAGUCUACACAGAUGGAUCGAAAACAGUGGAAGGAGUUGGAGCAGCGGUUAUCACACAAGAUAUAUCACUGAAAUAUAAACUUCCAUCCCAAGGCAGUGUAUACACUGCUGAGAUGUAUGCUAUCUAUGGAGCCAUGAAACAUAUAAACAGUACACACCAACUCACUUAUGUACUGAUGACAGAUUCUCUCAGUUCUCUGGAUACUCUGAAGAAAAUAUACCCCAAGAACGCAAUGGCAGCAAAAAUCAAACAAGAGUUAUACAAAGCUCAACAAAAAGGGAAGAUAGUCGUUUUCAUCUGGAUCCCAUCACACGUGGGAAUCAGUGGAAACGAGGAAGCAGAUAAACUCGCUCGAGCAUCAAUUAAUAUGGCAGAUGCAAUAAACGUAGCGGAUCUAUUAGUAUGUGACCUGAACAACCACCUGAAAUCAGAGUUGCAAAAAGCGUGGCAAAACCGGUGGAAUGACUCAGUUAGCAAGCUGCGAAAAAUCAAAGUUUCAGUGAAACCAUGGGGAAUAUUACCGAUGAACAGGAAAUCACAAGUGUUGAUAACGCGUUUGAGACUCGGACAUACAAAUUUAACACACGCCUACUUGAUGAAAAAGGAACCUGAACCAAUGUGUUAUAUAUGUGACAUGAAACAAACAAUAGAACACAUUUUGAUAGAUUGCCCGCAAUUCGAACAAGAAAGAAAAAAUUGUAAUAUCCCACCUACAUUAGAAGAAGCACUCGGCAGCAAUUGUUCUUAUACAAAUAUUAUAGAAUACGUUAGAUUAAUCAAUAUCAUAACAAAAUUGUAA